AUCAUCAUCCACCAAAAAGCCACUGAGCAUCCGUUCUCCGCCAAGGAUUCUUCGCGGCACCCCCGCAGAGGGGAAGCCCUCCCAGGUCUGGAGAUGGAUGGGCGGGCACCAGGCUGGGGCCCCCGGCCCCACCAAGGUGCAGUGCGCUCCGGAGCCCCUCGCACCCCCACCUCCGCCUGCCGCCUUCGGAGCACGGAGCGGUCGCGCGUCCAGGGGUGCCCGGUGCAGUCCCUGGGGCAUCGGAGUUGCCUGGCUGGGCGCUCAUGGACACGGUUGUCGCUUUACAGAACCUGAGCCAGGCGGGACAGAGCUGGGACUUCGAGACGGAGAAACUAUGUUUAUGUUUAAUGUAUUUACAUAUGUAGGUGCUCUGCGUUUCCAGCGCACACCGGUGGCACAAAGGCCGCGCCGCCGCGCCGCCCGCGCCAGCCCUGCGCGUGGUCCCCGCCCGCCGGAUGUUGACGGCGUCGCCUAGCAACGGGAGAUGGCUGAGCCGGGUGGCCAGGACGGCGGGUCUCAGCUGGAAGGCGAAUCGACUUCUGAAGGAGAAGAGACCCAGAGUACUGACGGCGACACGGUGUCCCCCACAGGGAAGACCAGUGACCCAAACAUUGACGAGGCUGUUGGUGUUACAGAGUUUUCUGAAGAGGGAUUUGCGGCCUCUGGGGAAGUCAUAACCGAAGGAGAAAUUGAAAUUGAGGGGGAAGUCGAAAAUGACGGGGAAGUGGAAACUGAGGAAGAAGGGGAAAUUGAGGGGGAAGUGGAAACUGAUGGAGAUGUGGAAACAGAAGAGGACGUAGUCGAAUUUGAAGGGGAGUUGGAGUCAGAAAUGGAAGCCACAUCCCCUGAAGGGAAAGUCAGUUCCAUAGAUCUGGCUUAUUCAGAAGCCGGUGCUGCGGAGGUGCCCGGAGAGGAAGUGGGCCCCACGGACCCGCAUGAGCAUGUAAGGAGGGAAGGUGUUCCUGAAGACAGAGAAGCCCCCCGUCCAUCAGAAUCCAGAGAUUUGGGGGACAUCUCCACUCAGCCAUCCUGGCAAGUAGUCGACUCUUCGGGGCAAAUAGGCCAGGAUGUUUCUGGACCCAGGGUUAGCGGACCGAAAAAGUCCCACGAAGGGCUCCAGCAGGAAGUCUUUCCUCUGGGGGCGCGACACCACCUCCGACUGAGUCGGGAGAGCAGCAGCACCUCCUUGGACUUCGACGAGCUGCUCGUGAGCACAGGGGAGCCCCUCAUACAGGCACCAGGUGUCCCCCCAGAGGAGCCCCAUGCGCAGCCCAGGGGAGGAGCCGAGCGCACCUUUCUGGACCGGAUCCAGCGGCUGAGCACUGCCGAAGAAGGGGCUGUCGAGAGAGUGGAGUCGGAGGGCAGUGACGAGGCGGAGGAAGACAGACACCAGCUGGUGGUUCUGGACCCGGACCACCCCCUGAUGGUCAGGUUCCAGGCCGCCCUGAAGAACUAUCUUAACCGGCAGAUAGAGAAGCUGAAUCUGGAGCUUCAGGAGCUGAGCGUGGCAGCCAAGCAAAGCCGAGUCCAGCGGCAGGAGCUGGGCGUGGAUCUCUACGGGGUCCAGCAGCACCUGGCCCGCCUGCAGAUGCAGCUGGAGAAGAACCACGACCUCCACUCGGUCACCGCGCGCGCCAGGUGGCGGAAGGAGGAGGAGCUGCAGAGCGCGCGUCUGCUUUACACCCAGACCCGCGAGGCCGCCAACAACGAGCGCAAAAAGCUGGCGGCUCUGCAAGCGGAGGUGGAGAGCCUGGCGCUGCAGCUCUUCUAUAUGCAGAACAUCGACCAGGACGUGCGCGACGACAUCCGCGUGAUGAGGCAAGUGGUGAAGAAGUCCGAGGCGGAGCGGAUGCGGGCCGAGGUGGAGAAGAAGAAGCAGGACCUUCACGUGGACCAGCUCACCACCAAAGCCCACCAGCUGGAAGAGCAAAUCGCAUUGUUGGAGGCUCAGAGCGGUGCCCAGGCCGAGGACACCCAGCUUCUCAGGAAAGCCGUGAGCGAGGCCUGCACGGAGAUAGACGCCAUCAACAUGGAGAAAAGGCGCAUCCUGCAGCAGUGGGCCACCUGCCUGGUGGGCAUGAAGCAUCGUGACGAGGCCCACAGGGCCAUCCAGGAGGCACUCAGCGAGUGCCAGCACCAGAUCAUGUCCAUUGACGGGGAGAUCGAGGCCUACAAGAAAUCCAUCAUGAAGGAGGAAGAGAAGAAUGAGAAGCUGGCAGGCAUCCUGAACCGCGAGGAGACGGAAGCCAGCCUGAUGCAGAAACUGACGGCGCAGUGUCUGGGCAAGCAGGAGGUGCUGCAGAGCGAGUUUAACACCUACCGGCUGGCGCUACAGGACACGGAGGCCGCGCUGGGCAAGGCCCAAGUGGAGUACGCGGCCACCAUGGGCGACCUGCAGGCCACCCACCAGACCAUCCAGCACGAGCUUGAGGUGCGAAGAAGGAUGGACGCCUCCAUCAUGGAGAAGCUGCAGGAGCACAUGACGUCCAACAAGAUGACCAAGCACUUCCGCCAGCUCAUCCUGAAGCUCCGGAAGGAGAAGACCAACCUGGUGACGCAUCUUUCCAAAAUUGACGGCGACAUUGCUCAGACCACCCUGGACAUCACCAACACCAACUGCAGGCUGGACAUGCACCAGAAGACGCUGGCCGAGCUUGACAAGGAAGUGAAAAAGGUCAAUGACCUCAUCACCAACAGCGAGCACGAGAUUUCUAGGCGCACAAUCCUGAUCGAGAGGAAGCAAGGCCUCAUCAACUUCUUCAAUAAGCAGCUGGAGCAGACCGUCUCUGAGCUGGGGGGGGAAGAAGUGGGGCCUCUGGAGCUUGAAAUCAAAAGACUGACCAAGCUGAUCGAAGAGCACACCACCAACGUGACGCAGGCCCAGGUGACCUGGCUCCGCCUGCAGCAAGAGAUGGUGACGGUCACACAGGAGAGGGAGGAGCAGCUGGCCUCCCUGCACAUGUUGAAGAAGGAGAUGCACAUCUUGGAGCAGAAGAAGCUGAGGAUAGAAAGCAAGAUCGAUCAGGAGAAGAAAGAGCAAAAGGAGAUCGAGCGUCACAUGAAGGACCUGGACAACGACCUGAAGAAACUCAACGUGCUGAUAAGCAAGAACCGGAGCAGCUCCGAGGGGCUGCGGAAGGACAGCCUGGUGACGGAGCAGGAGUGCGUGCGCGCGCUGAAGGACUCGGAGAGGGAGACCAUCGAGAUGCAGGAGAGGCUGAACCAGCUCCAGGAGGAGAAGGCGGCCACUCUGAACAACCUGGUGGAGGCGGAACACCAGAUCAUGCUGUGGGAGAAAAAAAUCCAGCUGGCAAAGGAGAUGCGUGCAUCGGUGGAUUCCGAGACUGGCCAGACAGAGAUCCGAGCCAUGAAGGCAGAGAUCCACAGGAUGAAGGUCAGGCACGGGCAGCUUCUGAAGCAGCAGGAGAAGAUGAUCCGUGACAUGGAGCUGGCCGUCGCCCGCAGAGAGACCAUCUCGACCCAGGCCAAGGGGCAGUCCAGGGUGGACAAGAAGUUGCUCACCCAGACAAACUUCCAUCACCAGCAGACAGAGCUGCGACGCAAGAUCAGGGACAUUCACAAGGCCACCGAGGAGUGCACCAAAGCCAUCUUGGAACUGGAAGAAAGUCAAAAACUUGUGAGCAGCUCCCUCCUGGAGAAGCAGGAGCAGCUGUCAGCGAUGCAGUCCAGCACGGAUGAGCUCGAGGCCGACCUGGACCGGCUCCUGGCCCUCAAGCAGCAGAACCUCUCGGAGCUGGUGGCCCUGCAGACGCGGGUCAAGCACCUCCAGGCUGUGAAGGACGGGAGGUACGUGUUCCUGUUCCGCUCCAAGCAGUCGCUGCUGGCCGAGCACAGGCGCUUGGACAACCGGCUGGCUGUCAUCAGCACCAUUCUCGACCGCGUGAAGGACGAGUACCCCCAGUUCCAGGAGGCCCUGCUCAAGGUCAGCCAGACCAUCGCCAGCAAGCUCCAGCAGCCUGAGUCCCCCUAGAGAGCAGCCUGGAUCCCCCCUUCCAUGACCUGCCCCACCCCGCCCCGUGGAAGGGACCAGAAUGCUGUGUAUCGAGCCAUGUCCACCCCCAGAGGGUGAUGCCCUUUUACAGAAACGGGUAGGCCAGCACGGCGGAUCCAGAUUCUUUCAGCCCCCACCAGUUCCAACCAAGUCACACUGGACUUCAUCGGGGUUCGGGGAAGCCCCUGCCUCUGCCCUUGAGAGUGACCAGAGGGGGACCGCGGUGCCUCCUCCUUGUGCCCGGGUCCUGCUUCAGAGUCCGGUGCGCGGUGUCCAGGAGAAGGGCUCAAUGGAGAGCGGGGAUGUGCCCGGCGCCCCGAGGACUCACCACGUCCCCAGUUGUCCCCGCGGUUCUCACCCCUCCCGAGAUCCCCACCCGGGGCUGGAGUGACUCCACCCCCGCACCACUCCUGAGCACCUGCCACCUGGUGGCUUCACCGCGGCGCCGUGGGAAAGGGCCUACAAAACAAUUUCACUUUCAAACUUUUCAGCAGAAAAAUAAAAUGGUUUCUGAAUGCGGGAGGAAGGCGUCUU